AUGCGACGGAGGCAUGAGGAGGAGAUGAGGGCGCUAAGGGCCGAACGGGAACCUCCCGAGCGGUCCGCCUCGAAUCGGGAGAAUGCUAAUGAGGCAAGUCAUAAUCACAUCAACUCGAACAGUCGGGCUAGAAGGGAACCAACACCCCUGCAGACCGUUCGGCCUAUCAGUUUAUUGCCCUUCACGGCGACCAUCAUGCAAACCCCAAUGCCAGAAAAGACUCCCCCCGUGUUGGAUAAGUAUGAUGGUUCGGCUGAUCCAGAUAAUCACUUAAGGACGUUCGGUAAUGCAAUGACAUUCUAUACAGACAGCGACCCGGUCAUGUGCAGAGCCUUCUCGUUAUCACUUAAGGAAGAGUCAUUGGAAUGGUAUAACACUCUUCCUCCCAACACAGUGGAUUGCUUCGCUACUGUGGAAAACCUCUUUAGGAGACAAUACGCAUCCAAUCGGAAACAGGAGGUAACACCGGCGGAUUUGGUAAAUACUAAGCAGGAGAAAGGAGAAACUUUGAAGGCUUUUAUGAAGAGGUAUACUGAAACCUCACGACGGGUUAGAGAGAUAGAUCAAUCUUUUAUUAUCAAUAAUUUGCCUUCGUGUAUGAGACCAGGAUAUUUUGCGGAAAAAUUGUAUGCACGACCGCCAAAAACUAUGGAGGAGCUACAGGAGCGAGCAGCUGAGUUCAUCCGUAUGGAGGAAAUGCGAUUGUCACAAAGGAAACGACAGCAAGAGGCUGAUGUGGGCGGAAGUAGAAAGGAUGGCAAACGAUCGUUCGACAAUAACGAAAAGAAUAGGGAGUUUCCCCGGCCAUUCAAAUUUCACCAUUAUACAACCCUCAAUGCACCUAGGGCAAAAGUUCUCGAAGAAGCCCUUAGCACAGAACUUCUCACACCCCGAAGGAAACCAUCUCCAAGAAACGCAGAUGAAAGGAAGAGUUGCCGGUACCAUCAAAACCGUGGACAUACUAUAGAAGACUGCAUCACGUUAAAAAAUGAAAUAGAAAAUCUUAUCCGGGCGGGACAUCUCCGUAGGUUUAUAAAGGAAGCAAGAUACAGCCUCCCCAAGGAAGGAUAUUCGCGAAGAAGCCCCGAGCGGGCGAGUAGGAAGGACGAGCGGGGGCGGGGCUAUAGUCGCAGUCCCAGUCGUCAUCGGGAACGGUCGGUUCGUGGAUUUAUCAACUAA